AUGACGACCCAGCCAGAAGACGACAUCCUCUUAUCAGAGAUUCAAUGUAUCCAAGAAGCGGAUGGUAAAGACAUAGGCAUUAAGAGGCUACAAGAAAUCCUUAAGACCGACCAUCCCGACUGGAUUCUGGGAGCCAAACGACUUCGUAGCAUUCGGAAAGAUAAUGGCCCAGCAAUCCCCGUCCCAGAAACCGAACCUGAACCAGGACCGAAGCCAGUAAAGCAACCACCGGCGAUCACCAAAGCAGACAUCGUCUCUUUCUACAAGCCCCGCGUCGUCGAUCCAUUUAUCAUCGACGGCGAACCGCUGCUCAAACUCCACAUCACCCUCGUCGUCGGCCCAUCCAAUUUCCGCGAACUGCCCGGCGACCGCAUUUUUCAAUUCAUAGAAGACAUUCCCACGAAAUGGUGUCGUAAAGGGGCACCACGGGAGGAGAGCUCAGCAUUCCUCACCCAGGUUCUCAAAAGCUGCGAAGAGUGGGUUCUGAGCCAUUCCCUAUGGCUCUGUCGGCACUGCGGGAAAGCGGCUACCAUGCUCUGGGGGGUGCCAAUGGCCACUCUCCCCGAGAGGCCUCCGUUUGUGAUACAACAGACGUCGCCUGUCUGCAAGGUCAAUUCACAGUGCAUGCGCGAGACGUAUGCACUGAACCAGAAGGCAGUCCAUGGGCUCAUGCAGAAAAACUUGGGGGAGGUCUAUAAGAUCACAGCUCGAAGUGAAGGUGCUCGUUAA